AACCCAGAUUACACGUGCGGAAUUUCAUGUGAAUAGCACAAACAUAGCUGUUCAGGAUGGUUAUACCGACUGUUAAAGGUUAAACGAAGAAUAUUGGUGUUCAGUGAAACCUGCGGACUGGAUAUUUGUCGAUUAAUGAACUUUUUAGGCGGGCUGAGAAGGCCUUUUUGGACUGCUGCUCUGGGUUACAUCUAAGUGGUUAUUAUGUGGGUAUCCAGCAGUUCACAUCCACACAUGCUGCGUUAUGUUUGUAGAAGUUUACAGAAGGCUGCAUUUGUGGGCUCCCACGGUGCCUCCUACCAUGUUUCAGCUUCUCUUUUGCACCCAGAGGAGAGCAGCAACAUCAAACCUGUGGUGAAGAGAGGACGUAGAGAGUCUGGUGGAAGGCAGGAUCGUAAAAAGUCUCUGGAAAAUGAGACCACCUUGCAGCAAAAGCUCAUUCAAGGUAGGGGACACGACCGCAGGGUGUCAUCUGAACUGAGGAAGUUGUGUCUGGAGGAUUUCCCCUCAGACAGGGAGAGGCCUCUGAGAGAGAAGUCAACCCAGGACUCCAAAUCAGUAGAGAUUGUUUUUGGCAUCUCCCCCUGCCUUCUGGCUCUCACCCAGGGUAGAAGAAAAGCCCACAAGCUGUUUGUUAAAGAUGGAGAGGCCUCUCAUAGAGCUUCUGUGUUAAAGGUGUGUGAAGAGGCUUAUAAACAAGGAGUUCAAGUGCACCGGGUCAGCAAGAAAGAUCUGGAUAAGAUGUCUGGGGGGCGGGUGCAUCAAGGAGUUUGUCUGAAGGCCAGUCCUUUGAGCUACCUCACUGAAGCCACAGACUCAGCAUUUAAAAUACAGUACAGCACCCCUCCUCUGUGGCUCAUCCUGGAGGAGAUACAAGACCCCAUGAACCUGGGUGCCAUCCUUCGCUCUGCUUACUUCCUCGGUGUGGACAGAGUGGCCAGCAGUCUUCACCACAGCUGUCCGUUAUCUCCAGUGGUCAGCAAGGCCAGCUCAGGUGUCAUGGAGGUGAUGGGGGUGUAUGGAUAUGAAAACCUGGAGGAGAUGCUGAGACUGAAGGUGACACAAGGAUGGGAGGUGGUUGGGACAGUGGGGGCUGAAGCAGAGGUGUCCCGGGUCCCUGUCACAGAGUGUUCGGACUUUAAGAUGACUAAACCCAUGCUGCUGUUGAUGGGGAGAGAGGGGGAAGGACUGUCCAAGGAGCUGCUCUCUCUGUGCCAGACCCUCCUCACCAUCCCGCCUGGUAGAGAGCUGUUCCCUGGUGUAGAGUCUCUAAACGUCUCUGUAGCUGCAGGAAUCCUUCUGCACUCUCUGAUGUUCACCAGGAGGUCCAACAGAUGACUAAUAAAAAACAUCUACCUGUACUUGAACCAAGUUUCACUGGGACUUCGGACUGUGCUCUUCCAGGCUGCCUGCCUACUCUCUGCAUGACUUUCCAUUGGCUCAAGCCUGAGGACAACCAGCACAGCAGCAGGAGCGCCAACAGUCCUCUGACUGAAAAUACGAUUCCCACAAUGAAAAACUUGUAAAUACAGGUGGCUUAUAUCAGAUAAAAAAUACACUGACUUCUA